CUACGGCCCCACCCAAUUCCCACCCUUCGCCCCGGAAGCGGAAGUAGUAACAGGUCAGAGGGCGGAGCUGCCACUUGGAGACGGCGGGACCUUUUUCGUCAUGGCUGCAGGGCCGAUCUCUGAACGGAAUCAAGAUGCCACUGUGUAUGUGGGGGGCCUUGACGAGAAGGUUAGUGAACCACUGCUGUGGGAACUCUUUCUCCAGGCUGGGCCAGUCGUCAACACCCAUAUGCCAAAGGAUAGAGUUACUGGCCAGCACCAAGGCUAUGGCUUUGUUGAAUUCUUGAGUGAGGAAGAUGCUGAUUAUGCCAUUAAAAUUAUGAACAUGAUCAAACUCUAUGGGAAGCCAAUAAGAGUGAACAAAGCAUCAGCUCAUAACAAAAACCUGGAUGUAGGGGCCAACAUUUUUAUUGGGAACCUGGACCCAGAGAUUGAUGAGAAGCUGCUUUAUGAUACUUUCAGCGCCUUUGGGGUCAUCUUACAAACACCCAAGAUUAUGAGGGACCCUGACACAGGCAACUCCAAAGGUUAUGCCUUUAUUAAUUUUGCUUCGUUUGAUGCUUCGGAUGCAGCCAUUGAGGCCAUGAAUGGGCAGUACCUCUGUAAUCGCCCUAUCACUGUGUCUUAUGCCUUCAAGAAGGACUCUAAGGGUGAGCGCCAUGGCUCAGCAGCUGAACGACUUCUGGCAGCCCAGAACCCGCUCUCUCAGGCUGACCGGCCUCAUCAGUUGUUCGCCGAUGCACCCCCUCCACCUUCUGCCCCCAAUCCUGUAGUAUCAUCACUGGGAUCUGGGCUUCCUCCACCAGGCAUGCCACCUCCUGGCUCCUUCCCACCGCCAGUACCACCUCCCGGAGCGCUCCCACCUGGAAUACCGCCAGCUAUGCCCCCACCACCUAUGCCUCCUGGGGCUGGAGGACAUGGUCCCCCAUCAGCAGGAACCCCAGGGGCCGGGCAUCCUGGUCAUGGACAUUCGCAUCCUCACCCCUUCCCACCAGCUGGGAUGCCCCAUCCAGGGAUGUCUCAGAUGCAGCUGGCCCACCAUGGCCCCCAUGGCUUAGGACAUCCCCAUGCUGGGCCUCCAGGCUCUGGGGGACAGCCACCGCCCCGGCCGCCACCUGGAAUGCCUCACCCUGGACCUCCUCCCAUGGGCAUGCCCCCCCGAGGGCCUCCAUUUGGAUCUCCCAUGGGUCACCCAGGUCCUAUGCCUCCACAUGGUAUGCGAGGGCCUCCUCCACUGAUGCCCCCACACGGAUAUACUGGGCCUCCACGACCCCCUCCCUAUGGCUACCAGCGGGGACCCCUGCCUCCACCCAGACCUACUCCCCGGCCUCCUGUUCCUCCUCGUGGCCCACUCCGGGGCCCUCUCCCUCAGUAGAUUCUCAUUUUCUUUCCUCAUAUUCCCCUAGCAUCUUUGUGAUUCCUCGGACCAGUCAGAGUUGUUGUAGCUCCUUGUGGCUAAGGCACAAAUCUCUCUCAGCCUCCCCCACCUCCUCUUUUUUUUGGGGGUACUGGGGACUUGUCCUUGCCCAACCUCCUCUUUUUAAUGUAAAUUUCUUCACAGGAGAUUUUUCUUUGUCUUUUUUAUUUUCAUCCUAAGUGUUUUGAAAGUGCCCAGAGAAAAUAAAACUAUACUCUUUGUUUAUUC